AUUUAGAACGAGACCCGAGAUGUAACUUCCUUAUUAUUAUCAUAAUAUACGGAGAAGCAGAAAAUAAUCUGCCAUAAGUGAAACGGGAAUGUACCUUUCAAGGUUCAUCAUCUACUCGAAGGGGAGAAGGCCGGGCCACAUAGCCUAAGGCUUCACCACCCUCCGUCUCUCCUUUUUCUCCUUUCUACCCAUCUCUCGGUGUGUGAGCAGCGAUGCUGUGCUGGGGCAGUUCGGCUUGGGGUCAGCUGGGCAUCGGUGUAUCUGAGGCCGCCGUGUUUGAGCCGCGGCGCUGCUGCGUGUUCGAUGGCAGAGGGCUGAAGGAGGCAGUAUGCGGCAGGCAGCACUCGCUGUUCCUAAUGCAUGAUGGGAGCGUUUACACAUGUGGGUCCAACAGCCUCGGACAGCUGGGUCAUGAGAAGCCUGGCGUCAAGCCUGAGCUGGUCGGCGCGCUAGAUGCCCAGAAGAUUGCAGGCGUGGCAUGUGGGCAGGCCCAUUCUCUGGCACUGAGUGAGCAAGGGCAGGUGUUUGCAUGGGGUGCAGGCGAGUGGGGGCAGCUCGGUCUCGGCACAGCAGAGGAAGCUGUCCGGGUUCCCCGAUUGAUUAAAAAGUUGUGUGAACAUCGGAUCUCUCAAGUCAUGUGUGGCAACCAGCACUGUAUCGCACUUUCUAAAGACGGUCAGUUGUUCACGUGGGGUCAGAACUCGAGCGGUCAGCUGGGUUUGGGGAAAAGUGAGCCGAGCUGUCUGUGUCCUCAGCCCCUCAAGUCCCUGUGUGGGAUCCCACUGUCUCAGAUCAGCGCUGGAGGAGACCACAGCUUCGCCCUGUCUCUCUCCGGAGCCGUGUUCGGCUGGGGCAGGAACAGCGCCGGGCAGCUGGGCCUCAACGACGAGCAAGAUCGAGCUGUUCCCUGCCAUAUUAAAUUCUUGCGCUCACAGAAAGUGGUCUACAUCAGCUGUGGGGAGGAACACACAGCCGCCCUGACCAAGGAUGGAGGUCUGUUUACAUUUGGAAAUGGGUCGAGAGGACAGCUGGGGCACGACUCCACCAACAACGAGCCUCUGCCACGCAGGGUUUUGGAGCUCAUGGGCACCGAGGUGUCCCAAAUCACUUGUGGCAGACAUCACACGCUGGCGUUCGUGCCCUCCACCGGCCUGGUGUACGCCUUUGGCUGUAAUGCUCAGGGCCAGCUCGGCUUAGGGACCAGAGGAAAUGCCAUGAUCCCCCUGCCGGUCCGAAACAUCCAGCCUCCUUUUCUCACCAACACACACACAGGCACAGAUCAUCACAGCAUCAGCAGGAUUCACUGUGGAGGCGAUCACAGCUUUCUGGUGCUGUCACAUGGCAAGAGUUGCCCUGAGGACUUCCGUGUUAUCAACACAUCGAAAAGCAUCUCGCUGAUUAACAAGGAGAGUCUAAACAGUUGGAGGCUGAAGCUCCUGGACAGCACUGACUCCACCAUCACAAAUGACAUUAUUCUGCUGUUGUCGUCGACUGCUUGUUGGAACGCCAGCUUCCUGGACCAGAUCGAUGAUGGUCAUUUUAAAACCAACCCCAAAGUCCCUGGCAUCGACCUCGACUCAGUCCGGCUGCUGUUCGAGAUACUGAUGAAGCCGGCCUACUCACGGCUGCUGGAGCAGACCACAAAGAGCUUCGAGAGUUUGCUGAUCCCUCAGCUACCCUGCUCUCCUCCUGAUGUCGAGGCCAUGCGCAUAUACCUGAUCCUCUCCGAGUGUCCGGCUCUUCACGACUCCAAAAACUACAUCUCCCUCACCAUCCCACUCGCCAUGGCCAUCCUCCGGCUGGACGCCAACCCCAGCAAAGUGCUCGAUAACUGGUGGUCACUGCUGGAUGGUGAGGUCUUCUCCAGAUUGGUAGAGAUGUAUAAGAGCAUUGUGGUGUUCCUGCUGACUGGCGGCAAGGCCCUUCUUAUUCCGAUGUUUCUGGAGAGCUACAUUAGUGCUACGCUGAAACUGCUGGAGAAACUACACAAGGUGAACCAGAAAGCUCACCAUGUGGAAUACAGCUGCUUCUAUAUCCCUGACAUCACCAGCCUGGUGGACAUCCAGGAAGACUACCUCAGAUGGUUCCUAAGCAAAGCUGAGAUUAAAAUGCGAUCUCCUCCAGUACAGAAUUCAGUCACGUUAUGUGCCUACCCGUUCAUAUUGAACGCUCAAGCUAAGACAACCAUGUUGCAGACAGAUGCUGAACUGCAGAUGCAGAUGGCAGUGAGCGGUGCCAACCUGCACAACGUGUUCAUGCUGUUAACCCUGGAACCCUUGCUGGCACAAAACCCGUUUCUCGUCCUGCAUGUGCGGAGGGAUCACCUGGUCAGCGACGCGCUGCGUGAGCUCACGAUCUAUAAUGACGUGGACUUGAAGAAGCCCCUAAAGGUGAUUUUUGACGGAGAGGAGGCCGUGGAUGCAGGAGGAGUCACUAAAGAGUUCUUCUUGCUCCUGCUCAAAGAACUGAUGGAUCCAGUCUAUGGCAUGUUCACCCAUUACCCAGAAUCCAACCUGCUCUGGUUCUCUGAUAAAUGUUUUGUUGAACACAACUGGUUCCACUUGAUCGGAAUCGUCUGUGGCCUGGCUAUCUACAACUCCACUGUGGUGGACCUGCACUUUCCUCUCGUGCUCUACAAGAAGCUUCUAGAUGUUCCUCCUGCGCUGGAUGACCUGAAGGAGCUGUCCCCUACUGAGGGCAGGAGUCUGCAGCAGCUGUUGGACUAUGAGGAGGAUGACCUAGAGGACGCCUUCUGUCUCAACUUUGCUAUUAGCCGGGAGUAUUACGGGGUAAUGGAGGUGAAGGAGCUCGUCCCUGGAGGAGAGAACAAAAUGGUGGACAAGUCCAACAGAGAGGAGUUUGUGCAGGCCUAUCUGAACUACGUAUUCACCGAGUCGGUGCGAGAGCUGUACUCUGCGUUUGCCAGCGGUUUCCUGAAGGUGUGUGGUGGCCGGAUCCUCUCUCUGUUCCAGCCCUCUGAGCUCAUGGCUAUGGUGGUGGGGAACAGCAGCUACAACUGGGAGGAGCUGGAGAAGAAUGCCAGUUACAAAGGCGAGUUCUCGGCCUCCCACCCUACAGUGCGGAUGUUUUGGGAGGUGUUCCACGAGUUUCCCUUGGAGAAAAAGAAACAGUUCUUAUUGUUCCUCACAGGCAGCGACCGGAUCCCCAUUCACGGCAUGUCCAGCCUUCGCAUCAUCAUCCAGUCCACGUCGGCGGAGGAGCACUUCCUGCCCGUCGCUCACACCUGCUACAACCUGCUGGACCUGCCGUGCUACAGGAGCAAAGAGACGCUGCGCUCGAGGCUCACACGCGCCAUCGAGCAGUACGAAGGCUUCAGCCUGGUGUGAGAACACUGCCGUUCUUUCACUCACACACACACUCGCACUUUGACCAAGGAUAGACAAUGUCUGAUCCCCCACACACAGUGGCUCUGAUGGUGUGAGUAGGACCGUAUACAGACACUGAACUCUGCUGAACUCGGAGUGGAAUAAAUCUUUUAUUCAAUAAUUUUUUUUUUUUUUUUUGGAGUGUUAGUGCAAGAGUUCCUGAUGCGUGCAUUGUUAUUCUGAGCGCUUUUCGCUUUCCUGUUCCUUUCCAAGUUCUGGGAACAGUGUCCAGAUUGUGUACCGGCGUCGAAUCUGCUAUUCUACGCUGAAACAGGAAAUAUUUUUGGUCGGUUUGGAGUCGCACGCGGGCGCUUUGUUUGGUUUGUGGUGUUUUUUUUUUUUGGUCAAUAUUAUUAUUUUUUGUUUUUGCUUUUGCGCUCUUAACGGAGGAAAAAGAACUCUAUAUAAAGCCAGAAACGAGCCCUUGUCCUCUGAGCUUUUGACUGGAAGAUGUCCAGACCUGCUGCUGAAGUGACAGAGGAUGGAACAAGCCAUUAUCCAGACAUGAAGCCUAUCGAUCCUCUCUGCUUUUUCGUAACCCGAUCAGUAAAUUCCUGCGAAUUUCCAUUUCCAACUUUGCCUUCAAUACGAGCCACUACAGCUUGCGUUUAUUCUCCUUACGUUAGCGUGCAUGCAAGUGUGACGUCCAGAGUGAAAUCUGAGCCUGCUAAUGACUGUUUAGUACCAUGAUAAAUUAAAAAAAAAAAAAGUUUAUGGUUGGAAAAAAACAGCCGAGGAUUUGAAAGCCACAAAGGACUGUUGUAACCGACAAAGAUGAUUGAUUGAUUGAUUGAUUUGAUUUUUUUUUUCUGUUUGAGGGAGGAGAUCCAGCAAUAACUGGGUGAUGUGUCUAAAAGGGGUUUGAUCUGAACGCUGGCCUAUGCACAACCAUGAAUCUUUUGAACGAGCAGAGACCAGCACUGGUUCUGCGCAUGUCCAGAAUCCAGGGUGGAGAUUCCUGCUCGAACACAACAGUUAAAGGUGGGGUCAGUGAAAAUUUUUUUUUUUUUUGGGGUCAGGAGUGACUGACUCUGGUUUCAGUGGACGACGAGGCGGCGGCGUCUCAACUUGCAUACUGACUGUCUUUUUGAAUGUUUGACAGCUUGCACUAUUUUUCAGGCAUUUGAGCAGAAGCAACACGCGUUGGUGGUUUUGUUUUGUUUUGUUCUGUUCAUCAUGAUCACUGACUGUACCUUUAAUGUUGCCUCAUAUUCCAUACUUUUCGUACUUCUCCAAAGUGAUGCUGGAAAUUCAGCCAGACUUGGUGAUUUAUAAACAUGUGGAUGAUAAAGUUGCACCACGAAGAAAAAGUGUGUUGGAUGCAGAACACUUUUUGCGCUCUCAGGUCACUACUGCUCUACGUAGUGGAAGGGGCAGGGCUACCAGAGCAUGGACAGCUUGAAUUUAGUUAAAUAGUAUUGGCUUUUAAAAAGGGAGGUUCUUCCAAUUGAAAUAUCCGGAGCUUGCCGAGUGACUGGCGCCUCUGAGUCAACAAGGGCGGAGCUUCAUCUAAUCUAAAUUUGAUUAGCCAAUUACAAACGUGUUCGUAUUACACCUACUGUAUAUUAGCAUUCCUGUUUUACUUCUAUGGAUUUACAGAUUAGCAAAACGCAUAUUUUCGCUCUACUUGGCUACUGGUUUUAAUUGCAGAUGUAAUGUUUAGUUUGUUAACUUUGUAAAUAAUUAACCGAACAUUAGCUAGCUUCCUGAUGAACUUGGCUAGCCAUUUAACAUCACAUACAUGCUGCUAGAUAGUUAAUGUUAACAUUAGCUAAACUCUUUUAUAUUGUGUAAUUAAAACCAGAAUUUUAUGCUAAGGUAUAAUGUCAUCUGUCAAACUAUCAAAGUGAAAACGCUCGCAGGUUUGUAAUUUGCUGCUGAAUGUGAAGUGAAGCUCCGCCCUCAUUAGGUGUUUUAAAAAAUGAUGAUUGACCGACAAAUCGGGGCGUAGUGUUGGAGCGGGAAGUCACCGCACCGUGUUGGACAGGAGGCGUAUAGCGCCGCUGUGGUGCUCACGGAUAUAUAAAUCUGUUAGUUUUAUUUUAGCAUCAUUCUGCAUCAAAAUCCGAGUUUCUUCAGCUUCACUGCGUAAUGUGUCUGAGGAACACGCAGGGACGAAGAAAAGGACGUUUAAAAGGGAUUUGCGCAGCCACGACGCUCUGACAUGAAAUACUGGAUCAGAAUGACUUGGUGUGUAAAGGGACGCGCGAUGGAUCCUGGUAGUGGUGAUGAAGAAAACUGCACACACUCUGGAGACUCGGGCUGCGUUCAGCGUGUCGCGGGGUUCCUCUGCGUUCAUUCAUCCACACUGGAGCAAACAGCACCAAGCCUUUCUGUCCCAAACAUGACUGUCAACUUCAGCAAACAAGGGCUUCUUCGUGGCUGCUGCUGCAUUAUUUUAGUAAAGUAUAUUUACUUUUAUACCUCUCUCAAAUGGAAUAUAUUGUUCUAUUUUUUUUUUCCUUUCAGAGCAUUUAAAUUAAAAUGAAAAUUCCACCUCCCAA